AUGGAUCAUCUGACUACGCUCUUCCAGCAGAUGUGGCGCCAAGGAAAAGUCCCGCAGGAUUUCAAAGACGUUGCAAUCUUGCAUCUCUACAAGCGAAAAGGAAACCGUCAGCUCUGCGACAAUCACCGAGGCAUCCCCUUGCUGAACAUCACCAGAAAAUUCUUUGCUGGCUUCCUCCUCAAUCGCCUGAAUAAUCAGCUAGAUCAUGGUCCCCUACCGGAAAGCCAGUGCGAACUCCGCCGUCACCGCAGGACCACGGACAUGAUCUUCGUCACACGACAACUGCAGGAGAAGUGUCAGGAUGUGCGGAACCAACUGUGCUCUAUUUUUGUGGAUCUUACGAAAGCCUUCGACACGGUAAAUCGCGAAGGACUGUGAAAAAUCAUGCAGAUAUUCGGUUGCCCUGAGCAGUUCACUCAUAUUGUGCGUCAGCUCCAUGACGGCAUGAUGCCGCGAGUCACGGAAAUCGGAGUUGUCUCAGAGGCAUUCGCAGUGACCAACGGAGUAAAGCGGGGCUGCGUGCUGGCGCCCGCCGUCUUCGGUCUUAUGUUUUCUGUCAUGCUUAUGGAAGCCUACCGUGAUGGACGUCCUGGGAUCCGCAUCGCCUACAGGACGGACAGCCACCCCCUCGACCACAGGUGGUUGCAAUUCCAGUCGCGUGUAUUCACAGCCACCGUUCACGAACUUCUCUUCGCUGACGACUGUGCCAUCAACACCACCUUGGAAGAGAAUAUGAAAAGGAGCAUGAACCAUUUCGUCGCCUGCGAGAUCUUCGGUCUGACCACCAACACAGAGAAGACGGCGGUCAUGCACCAACCGCCACCCAGCACAGUCCCUCCCCCAACGGGCCACCACAAAGCAGCGUGA